UAAAUAUUACCAGAGGAACCUGUUUCCUGUCAUGCCUGCCUCAUGCAAUUUCAUUUACUCUGAAAAGAUGGUCAUUUGUUCCAAGCACUCAUUGUAGGAGCAGUUGCCUGUGUCCGCCAUCCCUGGCAAUAGGGAAGGCAGUGGCUGUGAGGUACGGUUACGCUUGGCUGCACUGUAUCCACAAGCCACCACCUCUCUGACCUCUGCGGCGAACAGGAGUGUUAGAAAUGUUGUGUCUGUGAGCAGAGGAUUUAGUAGCUGCUGAGCUGCUGAGGCAGAGCCAGGAGAAUAGAGUAGGGCUGGGCUGCUGCCUGUUUGUUUCCUUCUCUCCUGGGAGUUUGCAUGAAACACAAGCGAUCCAGCAUAGCAGUUAUGGCGGCAUUAAACCUGCAGCUGACUGAGGGGAACUCCAAAUGCUAAGAGAUGCCUAAACAUGGAGGAACCUCUGCAUAUGUUCUUUCCCGUGAUGAAUGAAGAGAUUUUUAACACUACUGCAUAUGAAAUGAAGGUUGGAAAUGGAACAGUGUGUGACCUUAUUGAUUCAUCUGGUGAAGUGCACACAUCAGGGGGUAAUUCUGUGACAAAAGAUGUACAGAUAUGUAAAGACAACACAAAGCCAACCUCAGAAACUGUGCACCGAAAGGUUCAUAAUAUCCCUCCCCUUAUUUUAAUGUUCCCUCCCAAUGAGACAGAUGGAAAUCAUAACACACCUUUUCAGUUCGAUAGACAAGCCCCUGCAAGGAUUUCUACUUCCCCUACCUUAAGAAGACUAAGAAAACACACACAUGGGCAUUUUAUGCCAUUGCAAGACAUUUUUGAUGUUACCAAGUUCCCAACCUCAAAAGAGCAAUCUGCACUAAAUAAUUUAGCUGGGCAUCUUUGGGAUAGCCCACCAUGGAGUCCCCAAUGUACAAUCUCAACAUCAGAAGGGGUGUCUGUUUCAGAAAAUGACAGAGCUGCUAUUCCCAAAGACCCAGAGGAAAACAUUAAUAAUAAUAAUUGCACAGAUGACAUCCUAUUACACAGUCAGUGGUCAACUGUUGACAAGUCUAUGGAGCAUUCAGAGAACAGAUAUAUAAUUGGAUCCACUACAGAAAACUAUAAUAAUGAUGAUGAUUCUGGCAACCUAAGCCCCAAGAUAAAAGCAUUACAUCACUCAAGGCUGCUGGCACGGAGACGCAGUUCUGUAGUAUUAAGCUUGCCUGGCUUGGAAGUGUUUCCUGGGGAUCUCUUGGUGUCUGAUGGAGCCUCUGAUUACAUGUAUCACUCAACAUGGGUUUCAAGUGCAGAUUCCAAGAAACCAAAGUGGCCAUUUUCUAAGAAAGGAACUCUAAUGAAAGGAAAGCAAAAGCAAAUAUCUGAUUUGGAAAACUGCCUCUCAAGUGUUAAGAUCCAAGACUUCACAGGAAAUGAGCUUUACAUUCUUAAGGACAAAACAUGGAAUGAAGUUAUAAGUAUGCACACUGCAGAGAACACGGAGAACCUUCAUAAAUCAAACAGAAGACGCCAAGAGUCUGUAUGGGAACUUUUCACCUCUGAGUGCACUUACCACCUAGACCAGUUGCUAGUUCUGAAAAAGGUGUUUUUUAGUGCACUACAGCAUUUGCAGAGCAAUGACCAUUUGCUGGAUGUGGAUGUGGUGAGGUUAUUUGCCAACCUCGAGGAACUGAUCCAGGAAAGCCUUAAUUUUGCUGUUGGCCUACUCAAUACUAUUAAAAGCAGAGAACUAGGAAGUACAGCUUCAUUCUCUCCCCCACUGGCAGGCUUGCUAACAAAGCAUUUCAAGGACAGCCUCUGUCUCAGCCACGAGGUUUACUGCCUGAAUUAUACUUCUGCUGUUAUAUACCUGGAAAGCCUCAAGCAACGAGAUGACUUUGCCAUCUAUCUUAAAUGGUGUGAACAGCAUGAGCAGUGUAGAAGGCUGCAUCUCUCAGACCUGCUAGUAGCACCUUUACAUCGACUAACUCGUUAUCCACUACUCCUAAAGAAUAUCUGGAAACAAAGCACUGACGUAACUGAGAAAAUCGCCAUCUACUCUGUGAAAGAUAAAGUAGAGAGCACACUACGGGACCUUGAGGGGAAGGUAAAAUGGCUCGAUAAAUCUCAGAAAUACAAGCAACUCCAGGAGGUUAUUGUGUGGCCAUCAUUAUGGGAGAGAGACAAAAGGUUUUUCAUUCCAGAGGGCCUUAAACACCAUUUUAAAGAACCCAAUGUAGAGAGCAUGCUGUCUUCCCUAAAUAGGGACCUUCUGCAUGAAGGAAAGCUCAUCCUAACAGAAAGUACCAGACUCCUUGAUGUAUAUCUGUUUCUCUUUGAUGACUUUCUGCUCAUAACAAAGAUAAAGCGGAAUAAAAGGAAAUCUACAAAUUUGGAGGUUAACCAGUACCCAUGCCUUCACCCAGAGCUGCAGAUGGUGACUAAGGAAGGAGGCUACUGCAAAGUAGUAGACCAGCCUAUUGCACUAGACAGAUUAAGUCUGAAAACUGUUGAUCAAUACCAUGUCACGGUAUACGGCAUGAAGAAUGCUUUUAUGGUCCAGCAUGAGAAUAGAUACCAGCAAUGCAUAGCUGCCUUCAUUCUCCAAGCACACACAGAAUCAGAGAAGAAAACCUGGAUGUCACAGAUAGAAACGGCCAUGUCUUGCUACACAGAAACACACAGAUCAAAGCGCCUUUCAACCUUGUGGCAAUCAUCGGAGUCAGCAGAAAUCUAGAUUUGUUCAUUGUACACCUUGCACUUUGUUUAGGUGUCCAUUUUAAUUAUAUAGAUUCUCUGUGUACAGUAUUUGCAUUUUGUAUUUUUAAUAAUGUUUCUUAGAGUUUGAGUGUAACUUAUAUUGUGUUAGUGUUUUUGGGUGUAAAGCCCCCCCCUUAUAUUUUGUAGAAAUAAAGACCACAGUCUGUUUCAA